UACCACUCAGUAGGAUCUCUUCACCCUCAUACAUCCUCCGCACAGUCUCGAGAUAAAACUGACGAUUCUCUUUCCACCAACAUGAAGUCAGGUGGCAGCAAAGCCUCGUCCAUCUUCAUCCUCGUCCUAUCAUAAUGAUCGACUCCUUCAUCCUCCCCCACCCGCUGUGACAGCAUCCCCUCCCGCCAUGCUGCAGCUUGGAGAUGAGCUGGUGUAUUUCUCGGUGGUGUUCCUGGUGGUCUUACUGGUUACGAGGAGCGCUGCUGGAGCCUCCCUCCUCACCGCGCUUCUUUACGUCUUCAUGGUGAUGUUCCGGUUCCCCCCUGUGCCGGCGGACUUGGCCGGUCGGGUUCUGCGGCCCAGGGCUCCUUCAGGCGGGGUUCCGGUGGUGGCGCACCGCGGAGGAAGCCACGAUGCUCCUGAGAACACCUUGGCAGCGAUCAGAGAGGCCAGCAGAAAUGGGGCCAGUGGAGUGGAGCUAGACCUGAGUUUCACUGCUGAUGGAGUGCCAGUACUGAUGCAUGAUGAGACUGUGGAUCGCACCACCAACGGCUCUGGAUCAAUCAGCAAACUUCCUUAUGUCCACCUUAGGAGACUAGAUGCUGCUGCUCACCACAGGCUGAAAAACAAGUUCAGUGAAGAGAAGGUUCCAACUCUACAGGAAGCAGUGGAGGAAUGCAUCAGACACCAGCUGAUCAUCUUCUUUGAUGUUAAAGGUCAACCUGAUAAGGCUGCAUCGGUUCUCUAUGAGAUGUAUAAGAAGUUUCCAGUCCUUUACAACUCCAGCAUUGUGUCCUCCUUUGAACCCAAAGUCAUAUACAAGAUGCGCCAGAUCGACCCUUUCGUGGUCACGGCUCUGACCCACCGGCCCUGGAGACUGAGUUGCUUUGGUGAUGGGACUCCUCGCUCCAUGUCAUCGUGGGGUCAGUUGUGGGCUGGUGUUCUUGAUGUCUUGUUGGACUGGGCCCACCAUCAUAUACUGUGGAAACUCUGUGGAAUUUCUGCCAUCCUGGUGCAAAAGGACUUCAUAUCACAGGACUAUGUUCAGUACUGGGCAGUGCGAGGAGUGGAAGUGGUUGGCUGGACUGUUAAUACUGCUGUGGAGAAGGACUAUUACCAAAACUUCCUAAAGAUUAGCUACAUUACAGACAGUCUGCUGGAAGACUGUGAUCCCCAUGUCUAAAUGAUUUCAAACACACACAUGCACACAGGGAUGACCAAACAUAAAAGAAGAUGUUUUUGGUUUCUUAAUGAGCCAGUUAGAAGGUGGGAACUAAGAGGAAACAUGGUCUGUAUUUAUGUUUUUGUCCUGUUGAACAACAAAUGAGAGGAUGUGUUUUAGAAUUUGAUGUCAGCAUCAUGUUCUUAAAGAGGUGGGUAGUUGGCGUACUUACCAGUAUACUGCACCACUCGUCUUUUAUCAAAACUCGGUGAACCUUUCAGACCUGAGAGACCAGUUUUGAUAACAAAAUAUUGUCACGACUCAGCAAUUUGGGGGCUUCGUUUGCCGUAAGUUCAGUUUUAUAUUCAUCUUAUGUUUUCAGCUGAAACAUUUGGUCUGGUCUGCAGGCAGGCCAGUUUAGCACCUAGACUGUUUAACAUUGAGGCAUGCUGUCAUUAUGGAUUAAAUGUGUUUUGGAGCUGUCUUGUUGAAAUCAGCAAAACUAUCCCUGUGGCAGACAUAGUUUGGAUGCAAGCAUAUGUUGCUCCAGAGCUUGUAUCAGUCUGCAUUAAUAGCACAGAAGUGCAAAAGUGUGUUAUACUUUACAUAUGUGGAUGCAGCAACACACUCUCUUCCCUCAUUGGUUUUCAGAGGACUUUCUGAGCCCAUGCAGCAGCUUCGAUCCAUCCAUUUUCUACAUCCACCUAUUCCAGUGCAGUCACAGGGGGGCUGGAGUCUGUCCCAAAUGAUGCUAUUUCUACGUCCAAUCACAUGACUGACCUGCUUCCAGAUAAAUUAAUUAACUGUGAGAUUCAAGCAGCUGAUUUAGUUUAAGCAACAUUUCAGUCUUUUAUUGCCUCUGUACCAAAUGUGUCUUUAACAUGUUGCUGGCAUGAGAUUCAAAAUGUUUUUCUACAAACAAGCUACAUUUCUCAAUUUCAACAUGCAAUGUGUUGUCUUUCUAGUAUUUCCAGUUAGAUUUAGGGUGUGAUUUAUUUGCAAAUCAUUGCACUCUGUUAGUGUAUUUGUGGAAUUACUUUUUUUUGUUUUGUUUUGGAAAACAGGGUUAUAUAAACUGUGAGUCAUUUGAUGUGCUGAUCUACUGUAAUAAGAACUCAUAGUUCAGCAACACCUCCACCUGACCUGGAGCCAGGAUCAGAAUUAUACUACCUAAGAGCUUUUCUACUCUCAGU